AUGGGGGAUUUCGCAGCCCCCGCUGCUGCUGCCGCUGCCGCGAAUGGCAGUAGUAUUUGCAUCAACAGUAGCCUGACCAGCAGCAGCAGCCUCGCCGGGGCCGGGAUCGGUGUGAAUAAUACUCCCCAUAGCACUCCAGCUGCUCCGAGUAGCAGUCACCCCGCUGCCGGCUGUGGUGGCGGCGGCGGCUCCGGGGGCCACGGCGGCGGCUCGGCGGCCGUCCCCAAGCACAGCACCGUGGUGGAGCGGCUCCGCCAGCGCAUCGAGGGCUGCCGGAGGCACCACGUCAACUGCGAGAACAGGUACCAGCAGGCUCAGGUGGAGCAGCUGGAGCUGGAGCGGCGGGACACGGUGAGCCUCUACCAGCGCACUCUGGAGCAGAGGGCCAAGAAAUCAUCGGGCGCCGGCAAGCAGCAGCAGCAGCAGCAGCAGCAGCAGCAGCACCCGAGCAAACCCCAGCAAGAUGCGGAGGCUGCCUCGGCCGAGCAGAGGAAUCACACGCUGAUCAUGCUCCAAGAGACUGUGAAAAGGAAGUUGGAAGGAGCCCGAUCACCACUUAAUGGAGACCAGCAGAAUGGUGCUUGCGAUGGGAGUUUUUCUCCAACCAGCAAGAGAAUACGAAAGGAUAUUCCCACAGGGAUGGAAGCCAUCAACAGUUUGCCCAACAACAUGCCACUGCCUUCAGCUUCUCCUCUGCACCAACUUGACCUGAAGCCUUCUUUGCCCUUGCAAAAUAGCGGGACUCACACUCCUGGACUCCUAGAAGACCUAAGUAAGAAUGGUAGACUCCCAGAGAUUAAACUUCAGCCUGUGAAUGGUUGUAGUGACCUGGAAGACAGCUUCACCAUCUUGCAGAACAAGGACCUCAAACAAGAACCUCUAGAUGACCCUACUUGCAUAGACACAUCAGAAACAUCUCUUUCAAAUCAGAACAAGCUGUUCUCAGAUAUUAACCUGAAUGACCAGGAGUGGCAAGAAUUAAUCGAUGAGCUGGCCAACACGGUUCCUGAAGAUGACAUACAGGAUCUGUUCAAUGAAGACUUUGAAGAGAAGAAGGAGCCAGAAUUCUCGCAGCCAGCGACGGAGACCCCUCUCUCCCAGGAAAGCGUGAGCGUGAAGAGUGACCCCUCUCACUCUCCUUUUACACAUAUCUCCAUGGGAUCUCCCCAGACAAGGCCUUCUUCUUCUGGUCCUCCCUUUUCCAACGUCUCCACAGCCACCAGUUUACCUUCUGUUGCCAACACUCCUGCGGCUCCGAACCCCGCCGGCUCUCCAGCAAACUGUGCGGUCCAGUCCCCGCCAACUCCAAACCCGGCCCACACCCCAGGCCAAGCUCCACCUCGGCCUGGCAAUGGUUAUCUCCUCAAUCCGGCAACAGUGUCGGUCACUGGUGCGGGGUCCGGGCCAGGGGCUGUGCCCAGCUCCGACAUGUCUCCAGCGGAGCAGCUCAAACAGAUGGCGGCGCAGCAACAACAGAGGGCCAAGCUCAUGCAGCAGCAGCAGCAGCAGCAGCAGCAGCAGCAGCAGCAGCACCACCCAAACCAGACUUCCAGCUGGUCCCCGCUAGGGCCUCCAUCCAGUCCAUACGGCACCGCUUUCACCGCAGAAAAACCAAAUAGCCCUAUGAUGUACCCCCAAGCCUUUAACAACCAAAACCCCAUAGUGCCUCCGAUGGCAAACAACCUGCAGAAGACGACAAUGAAUAACUACCUCCCGCAGAACCACAUGAACAUGAUCAAUCAGCAGCCAAAUAACUUGGGUACAAACUCCUUAAACAAACAGCACAACAUUCUCUCUUAUGGCAACACUAAGCCUCUGACCCACUUCAAUGCGGACUUGAGUCAGAGAAUGACGCCGCCCAUGGCCAAUCCCAACAAAAGCCCCCUGAUGCCCUACAUCCAGCAGCAGCCGCAGCCGCAGCCACAGCAGCAGCAGCAGCAGCAGCCGCCGCAGCUGCAGCUCCAGGCUCCGCGGGCGCACCUGAGUGAGGACCAGAAGCGCAUGCUUCUCAUGAAGCAGAAAGGAGUGAUGAACCAGCCGCUGGCGUACGCCGCACUGCCAUCCCACGGUCAGGAGCAGCACCCCAUUGGGCUUCCCCGGACCACGGGCGCCAUGCAGUCCUCCGUGCCCCCUGGCUCAGGUGGCAUGGUCUCCAACACCAGCCCCUCGGGUCCGGGCUUCCUGGGCAGCCAGCCCCAGGUGGCCAUCAUGAAGCAGAUGCUCAUUGACCAGCGGGCCCAGCUGAUGGAGCAGCAGAAGCAACAGUUUCUGCGGGAGCAGAGGCAGCAGCAGCAGCAGCAGCAGCAGCAGAUUCUUGCCGAGCAGCAGCUGCAGCAGUCACAUGUACCCCGGCAGCACCUCCAGCCCCAGCGGAAUCCAUAUCCCGUGCAGCAGGUCAAUCAGUUUCAAGGCUCUCCGCAGGACAUGGCGGCCGUGAGAAGCCAAGCGGCCCUCCAGAGCAUGCGGACAUCGAGGCUGAUGGCGCAGAAUGCAGGCAUGAUGGGCAUGGGGCCCUCCCAGAACCCGGGGACAAUGGCCACGGCCGCUGCCCAGUCUGAGAUGGGACUGUCCCCUUACAACGCCACGCCCACCAGCCAGCCAGGGAUGUACAACAUGAGCCCAGGAAUGACCCAGAUGCUGCAGCACCCGAACCAAAGCGGCAUGAGCAUCGCACACAGCCAGGCCCAGGGCCCACCGAGGCAGCCCGCCUCCGGGCAGGGGGUGGGGAUGGUGAGCGGGUUCGGUCAGAGCAUGCUAGUGAACUCCGCCAUGAGCCAGCAGCACCAGCAGAUGAAAGGGCCGGUGGGCCAGACCCUGCCCAGGCCCCAAGGCCCGCCGAGGCUGCAGAGCAUCAUGGGAACGGUCCAGCAGGGAGCCCAGGGCUGGCAGCAGAGGAGCUUACAGGGGAUGCCUGGGAGGACUAGUGGAGAGCUAGGGUCAUUCAGCAACGGAGCCAGCUACUCCCUGCAAGCCGGCCAGCCGAGGCUGACCAAGCAACACUUCCCGCAGGGACUGAGCCAGGUCGUGGACGCGAACACGGGCGCCAUGAGGACCCUCAACCCGGCCGCCAUGGGCCGGCAAAUGAUGCCACCGCUCCCAGGGCAGCAAGGGACGGGCCAGGCCAGGCCGAUGGUCAUGUCCGGCCUGAGCCAGGGCGUCCCCGGCAUGCCAGUGUUCAGCCAGCCCCCGGCCCAGCAGAUGUCUGGUGGCAGCUUUGCUCCCGGCGGCCAGAGCCAGGCCUACGAGCGGACAGCCCCUCAGGACAUGCCCUACAGCUACAGCGGGGACGCGGCCGCGGCCUCCUUCCCGGGCCUCUCGGACAGUGCCGACCUCGUGGACUCCAUCAUCAAAGGCGGGCCGGGGGACGAAUGGAUGCAGGAGCUCGAUGAGUUGUUUGGAAACCCUUAG